AUGGCAGCAGAAGUUCCUACAUUCAAGUUGGUGUUGGUCGGCGACGGUGGUACUGGGAAGACGACGUUCGUCAAGCGUCAUUUGACGGGUGAGUUCGAGAAGAAGUACAUCGCCACGAUCGGUGUGGAGGUUCACCCAUUGGCGUUCUACACCAACUUCGGCGAAAUCAAGUUCGACGUGUGGGACACGGCCGGGCAGGAGAAGUUCGGCGGGUUGCGGGACGGCUACUACAUCAACGCGCAGUGCGGUAUCAUCAUGUUCGACGUGACAUCGCGGAUCACGUACAAGAACGUGCCCAACUGGCACCGCGACCUCGUGCGCGUGUGCGAGAACAUCCCGAUCGUGUUGUGCGGCAACAAGGUCGACGUCAAGGAGCGCAAGGUGAAGGCCAAGACCAUCACCUUCCACCGCAAGAAGAACUUGCAGUACUACGACAUCUCGGCCAAGUCCAACUACAACUUCGAGAAGCCAUUCUUGUGGUUGGCGCGCAAGUUGGCCGGCAACCCACAGUUGGACUUCGUGGCGUCGCCUGCCUUGGCGCCUCCAGAGGUGCAGGUGGACGAGCAGUUGAUGCAGCAGUACCAGCAGGAGAUGGAGCGCGCUACGGCCUUGCCGUUGCCGGAUGAGGACGAUGCGGACUUGUGA